UUGCCGAGGGGAGAACGGAUUUGUGCUGGCUUAAAAAACGUUUUAACUAGUAAAAGCCGUGUGGACGGAUUUUUACUUGUUUAAAAAACAUUUCAACUAGUAAAAGUCGUGUGAGGCAAAGCAAGCGCGGUGUGCCUGAUGUGCUGCACCGUGCCGUGGUUCAAGGACAGUGGCAGAUGCGGUGCUUUUGACUGCCCUGGUAAUUGCCGUGCUGUCUCUGAGUCUGCUUUGUCUCUCAUGUAGCUUUUUGUCCUUGAAAGAGCUCGUUGUUUCUUUGUUUCUCAUGUCUCGCGUGCUGGUUAUCCUUGCCUCUCUUGCAGUACUUUUUCAUCUUCCAACAUUGGUUUUCACCUGUUCAGCUUCUGCUUUAAUUGUUUUAUUUACAGAAUCGUUGAUCAUUGUUGUUGCAGUGUAACUGAUUAAUAGCUCAACCCUAGGAAAAGGGCUUAAACAGUAUCUAAACCAGUGAGGUUGAUGGUAGGUGGCACACAAAUUUUAGCACACUGACUUGUGGGUUUUCUGCAUAAAAAUAGUGCUCAGACUGUAAAAUGCUGCAUCUCAAAGGUCUUAUACAGUCUGAAGAGUUUACAUGACCCAAGAGGCAAUUGUAAUUGCAUGUGUCUUUUUUUUUUAAGGCUUGUGAUCACCAUGGCUGCAGUGGAUCGAUUCUCCCUCUUGUACAGAGAAAUCAGUCGCUCCUGCAGUUUCUAUGUAGAAGCGCUGGCUAUUGUUGGAGCUUGGUACACAGUCAGAAAGUGUGUGUCUCUGGCGUUGGGCACUUACAGCGCGCUCAGGCUGCACGUGAUCCCAAAGCUGACUGGGGAGAUUGAUCUCGUCAAGAAGUACGGGAAGUGGGCUGUGGUCACGGGUAGCACAGAUGGUAUUGGGAAGGCUUAUGCUGAGGAGCUGGCAAAGCAUGGUGUCAACAUCAUCUUAGUCAGCCGAAACAAAGAGAAGCUGGAGGCUGUAUCCAGGAGCAUAUCUGAAACCUAUAAAGUGGAAACAGAGUUCAUAGUAGCUGAUUUCAGCAAGGGGCGUGAGCUUUACCCGGCCAUUAAGGAUGCUCUGAAAGACAGAGAAAUUGGGAUUUUGGUGAAUAAUGUAGGAAUAUAUUAUGCCUACACAGACUAUUUUACUAAUCUGUCUGAGGAUAUGCUAUGGGACUUGAUCCAUGUAAAUAUUGCUUCUGCUACCAUGAUGACACAUAUUGUGCUGCCAGGCAUGGUGAAGAAGAAGAAAGGGGCAAUUGUGAAUCUUUCUUCAGUUUUCUGUUGUCAGCCAACACCGAUGUCGACAGUCUAUGGAGCCUCUAAAAGCUACUUGGACUAUUUCAGUAGAGCACUACAUUAUGAGUAUGCCUCUAAAGGAAUUUUUGUUCAGAGUCUAACACCAUUUCUCAUUACUACAAAAAUGUUAGCAUUCAGCAGCACUAUAUCAAAGAGAUCGAUCUUUUUUCCUACUGCUGAAGAAUAUGUAAGUCAUGCUGUUUCUACUCUUGGGUUAUCCAUAAGGACCACUGGUUGCUGGAAGCAUGCAAUACAGUUGACGCUGGGCGAGUGCCUGCCUGAGUGGAUGUGGGCAUGGUUUGCGCUGUAUUUGAGCAGAAUUAUACGCAAGCAAGCUUUGGCAGCCAAAGCGAAAUAGGAGUAGGUCGAUGUCCCACGAGACAAUUCUCAUCAGAGUGCUGCAAAAAUGUUUAAUGAACCUUGGAGGACUUACUGUAACUUAUCCAUACCUUGUUAAGGAAGCUACGUAAACUAGACAACAGAAGUCUGGAUCCUCUCUGUAUCCUUGUAUUAAAUGCCUCCUCUGCUGUUUUCCUUUA